AGCAUAUCAGUAUCGGUAUCAAAAUAGUAUGGUGGUAAUGUUACUGCGGACACAGUACAGGGAUAACAGAGAACUGGCGACACAGUACAGGGGAUGACCAGAGACUGCGGACACAUACAGGGAUGACCAAGAACUGCGGACACGUACAGGGGAAUGACCAGAGACUGCUAGCACAGCACAGUGGAGUGAUUUGGAGACUUGCUGACCAGAACAGGGAUGACCAUAGACUGCAGGACACAGUACAGGGAAUGACCAGAGACUGC